CCCGCUACUCCGGAACCUUGCGUUGCAGGUCAGGUUUCCGCCGAGACCCAAGAGCACUACCGAGGCGGAAGUAGCGUAAGGCGCGUGGGCGGUGCCGGGCGUAGUCAUGUCGGCGGCCUUGCUUCGGCGGGGUCUGGAGCUUCUGGCGGCUUCGGAAGCCCUCCAGUCCUCCCAAAGCCAGGUGCAACCGAGCGGGGCUCCGGUGAAGCGGGCCCAAAAGGCGAAGGCAGCCCAGGCCCAGAAACUGCGGAACUCGGCCAAAGGAAAGGUGCCCAAGUCGGCGCUGGCGGAGUACCGGAAGCGAGAGUGUCGAGACCACCUCAGAGCAAACCUGAAGUUUAUGACUGGCACCAAGAAUAUCCUGGCAGAGUCGGUGUCAAAGCAGAUUCUGAAGCAGAACCAGGGCCGAAAGGCCUGUGACCGGCCCGUGGCCAAGAGGAAGAAGAAGAAGAAGGCUGAGGGCACCGUGUUCACAGAGGAAGACUUCCAGAAGUUCCAGCAGGAAUACUUCGGCAGCUAGGUUCCCUGGAGGGCCUGCCAGGGACUCUGCUGCCCUUGCGGCCCAGACAGCCCAUGCGGAGUUCGGCCAGCAGGUGGCGACAUGGGGCUGGCUCAAGAAGCACCUGGCGCUGGAGUUUGGGGAGUCUGGAGUGGAGGUGGGAGCCCAGGGCAGAUUUACACCCGGCCUGGAGCUGGCAUCUUCUGCAGGCUUAGGAGGCGCCAUCUGCCCUGCCGGAAAGGAACAUUUCUGACUGUUCUGUCCUGGUGUGGCCUCUGGCCUAUUCACUGUGGUCCAAAGCCACGUCCUGGGUCCCAGGUCCUGAUAAAUGUGGGAGCAAUGUG